AUGGCGGUCAAAGACCUUGUCGAGACUACAAUCAACGACAACACGAUUGCCAUCUUUUCCAAGUCUUACUGCCCAUACUGCAAGCGUGCAAAGGCUCUUAUUACUUCCAAGUUCCCAAACGUCCCUACGAAGAUCUACGAGCUCGACGAGAUGUCUGAGGGCUCGGACAUUCAGGAUUACCUGACCGAGAAGACGGGCCAGAGAACCGUGCCUAAUAUUUUCAUCAACAAGAAGCAUGUCGGAGGAUGCGAUGCCGUGACUGCUCUGGAUAGCCAGGGCCAGUUGGCCAAACUUGUCGGCGUGUAA